AAUGGAAAUGUGGAUAAUUGGCGGGAAAAGGACGAUAAAGUCCCUGGGUUUAUAUAACAACCUUUCAACUCGGCUAGAUCCUUAGUUCUAGCCCAAAAGCCCUCCUUGUGCUCAGCUUCACACCGUGUGAGAUUGUGAAAGAGUGAUCGAUUGCGAAAAUGGCAUCGGGUGAUUUCGAGGACGAUGCCGAGGCAACUGUAACGAUGGAAGAGUACAUCGAAAGCAUGGAUGCCGAAGAGCUGGAAGCGGAUUUGGUGUUGGGUGGAGAUGAGGGAGAUGAGUGUACUUACCCAAAGGGUUACAUGAAAAGGCAGGCCAUUUUCUCUUGCAUCACAUGUACUCCAGAAGGGAAUGCUGGAGUUUGCACGGCCUGUUGCUUAACUUGUCACGAUGGUCAUGAGCUUUUGGAGCUCUGGACUAAGAGAAAUUUCCGAUGUGACUGUGGGAACUCUAAGUUUGGAACUUUAGCGUGUAAGCUUCUCCCGGGGAAAGAUGUAGACAACUCUGAGAAUUCUUACAACCAUAACUUCAAAGGCUUGUACUGCUCUUGCGACAAACCUUACCCUGACCCAAAUGGGGAGGAACAUGGGGAGAUGAUACAGUGUUGUAUCUGUGAGGAUUGGUUUCACGAGGAGCAUCUCAGUCUCAAAUCUUCGGACGGUGUUAGUAGCCAGAUUCCAAGAGAUGAGGAAGGAGUGCCGGUUUAUGAGGAUUUCAUUUGUCAAAACUGCUCUCCGGUUUGUUCGUUUCUCACUCUUUAUCCCGAGAAACUGUGGGUUGCUGCCAAAGUGGAUUCCAAUGGUUCAGCCAAUGCUUGUGCAGACACUACCGAGUCAAACCAAACCUCCACAGCUACUGAGCCUGUCCAGCCUGAGAACAGUACUGAAGCUGAAAAAUCUGUUUUGAGAGGAUGCUCUGAGAAGCUCGCCGACUCUGAACCCUUUCCUGCGGCUGGUUGUGCUAUUGCGACGGGUCUAGCCUCGUGUACUGAGUUUGAGAAGAAACCGCUGUUUGUAACCAAAAACUGGAGGAACAUGCUAUGCAAAUGCGAGAAGUGCCUAGAGAUGUACAGUGAGAGAAAGGUUAGCUAUUUACUUGAUGCAGAGGACACGAUUGCUGAAUACGAGAAUAAGGCGAAGGAGAAGAGAACAGAGAAACUGGAGAAACAGGAAGGCGAAGCACUUGAUCAUUUUAACAAUCUCGACCAUGUAACUAAAGUUGAGCUCUCUCACGGCAUCAAAGACUUCAAAGAAGGGUUCAGGAGUUUACUGGAGUCUGUUGGUACUUCAAGGGCGAUAACGUCUGAAGAUGUUGAGGAGAUGUUCUCAAAACUGAAAAAUAAACGCAAAAGAAUGGAGUGAGUUAAGUAGUCAAUGAUGAGAGGAGGUACGAGUUAUGAAUGUACUAGAGUCGUUUCUUUCCAUAUCGCAUGUUAACUUUCUUUAGGUAUGUUGGUUUAAAAUGAGGAGUGAGGUUACUCUAAUCUCUUGACGGUCUUUAGCUCCCAAGUUAUGCAAACAACUUUGUACUUUCAGUGUGUGGAGUUUGUAGCUUGUGUAACAGCAGACUAUUAUUAUAUAUAUAAACUACUAGUUCUAUUUAGUUUUA